CGCACUAACGACUGGUGAUCCCUCAAAUGAACGUCUCGUUAAAUAGUGACGUUGCUCGUCAUGGCGUUCUCAUUUCAAUUUCGCUUUCUCUAGAAUUCACGUUCACCGACUGCGGUGCCGCAGCUGAUACGCGAUUUGUUUCCUUUGAGCCCGUGUACUCUUGAGUUGCGCACACCAUGUCCAGCGGAGGCAGAGGUAUCAUCGUGCGGAUCUGGAAUAAUUUCCUGUCAUCCAUUACAACCAAACAGAGUCCGCACCGAGAAGUCGGUCGUGAUCAUUUCGGCAACAAAUACUUUGAAAUUGCGGCCGAUCCCAGCAGAGGCAAGCGAAAGCCAAGGCGGUGGUUUGAGCCGCGCAUUAAGGACAACUUCAGCGCGGAUAUGCCCCCCGAGUGGGAAGCUUGGCUGCGGGCUCGGCGUGCCUUCCCUCCAACUCAAGAGUGGCAGCAUCCUGGAUUAACUAUCAACGCCACCAAAUACGCCCCUUACCUGACAUAUCAGCACCUCGUGCACAACAUCUUCUACAGCCAACAUCGUCGAGCUUCAGUAGACACGGCAACCCUGCCGUGAUGAUGAUGCCUCAUAUACCUUAGUACGUGCAGGUUAGUGAUAAAAGACACAGAUUUUAUGGUGACUACCUAUGUAUUGUAGUGUUGCUGUGUCCACAUAUACUGCUGAAGUGUUUUCAAUGGCAUGCCUGUUGCUUUCGGGAGAUGUUGAGGAAAAUCCAGGACCCCUAACGGAAACAGUGCUAAACGAAAUUCUUCAAACCCAGAAAGAUAUCUUGGAAAAAAUUACUCUAAUACUACAAAAAAAUAACAGACAUCGUCUGAGGCGGGUAUGUUGCAAAUGCAGACCAGGUUGGCAGCCAUUGAAAAGAAGCUUGAGGUCUUAGAUGAAGCUCAGAUAAGGCUUUCAAAGACUGAAACUUCUGUGAAUGACUACGAGUCAGAAAUUGUUACGCUGUCUAAACAACUCGAUAAUUUGGAAAAUCAGUCCCAGCGUAACAAUCUGAUCGUACGAGGAAUACAGGAAGAAUAAAGUGGAAAUAAUAGAAUUUCUUCAAGAAAGGUCAACAAUGAUAUUUUUAGGGCAGUGCUGGGACAGAAAAUAAUGAUAGGAAGAAUACACCGCCUAGGUAAGAAGUCUCACGAUAAAGAUUGCCCACUUACCAUUAAGAUUGGAGGCUUCAGGGAGAAAAUGAGUAUCUUGGAAAAUUGCUUCAAAUUGAAAGGACAGGAAAUCAGUAUUUCAGAGGAUUACUCUAAAGGAGUGCUUCAAAUAUGGAAACACCUCUGAAAUUCAACAGAACAGACGAAAGACAAGGGGCAGUGAAGGUGAAGCUUGUGCUUGAUAAGCUGAAGAUGAAUAAUGUCAUGUAUGCCUGGAAUGGAACUACUAAUGCAAGUUACAGGUGCCAUGCCUAUUCUGAGAAAAUCUAAUUACUUGAAAAACCCUCUUCUCAACAAUUUAAGAUUAUAAACGUGAAUGUCAGAAGUAUACUAAAUAAAUUGGUUGAGUUAGAAAGCAUAGUCUUAGAAUACGAACCUGACAUAUUGGUAUUCACUGAAACGUGGCUUCAUAAGGAUAUUUUAUAUACCGAAAUUACUCCUCCCAACUAUAAAAUAGUCAGAAAAGAUCGAGAAGAUAAAGGUGGAGGACUUUGUGAUUAUAAUAAAAUAUAACCUAGUAUUGUCUACUUUGCCAGGCGUAUAUGGCACUAAAGUACUGUGGAUUAAGACAAAGUUAUAUAACCACUAAGUUUUUAUUGGGGCUGCCUACAGAGCCCCAAAAUCACCGGUGGACAUACUGGCAAAGUUGCGAUGUUUUAUAGAUGCGCAUCUACCUCAUGACAGUAAGAUUAUCCUGCUUGGGGAUUUUAAUCUGCCUGGGAUUGACUGGCCUUCAAAAUUGCCUGGCACACGAGAGGUGCCUAGUUGCGAACAGUUGCUAGAUCUUGCCUUUCAUCAGAAGUUAUGUCACAUUGUAACCGACUACACAAGGAUAUGUCCUACGACAUCAUCCAUUCUCGAUUUGAUCUUUGUAUCUGAGUGCCUAAAGUCAUCCAUCCGCGUGUGCGAAAUUAGACGGAUUGUAGGAUCACAUAAUGGUUUUGUUGUCAUUGGACGCAUCACCAGAAAUAAAGAAUAAUACUCGUUCCCUCACAACUUUCCCUAAUUUUAGAGCUGCUGAUGAUGUUGUGGUAAUAGACUGUCUUAAGUACUCGCUCUCUGGUUUUAUGCAGCUUUACGACUCUGGUGCAAGUACAGACCAAUUAUGGAACUUUUUUUCUGAACUGACAGCACAGUGCAUUAACCAGUUUAUUCCAAAAAAACUAAACAUAUUAAUAAAUGAAGUCCUUGGAUCACUGGAGAUAUACUUCAUGUUAAACGGAGACUAAAACGUAAAAGGAAGGUGCCUUCACUAAACCCUGAUCCUGAAAAGAAAAUUUGCAUUGCCCGUAUGAGCACGGAAUUGAAGCUACAGGAAUCCAAGGGAAAGGUUUUCUAACGUAACACUAACAAAGUUCCUUCGUGAGUCCCCUGCUAAAUAUUGGUGUUACAUUAAUCCGUCAACUGUUAUGCACUUUGCUGGAGAAGAAUAACCUGCUGAAAAUGUUAUCUCUUAUUUUUCAUCUGUGUUCACACAUGACAAUGGUGUAUUACCACCUUUUGUUGAUUAAAA